GCUGGACGCAGCCCUGCGGCGAUUCGUACUCCCACCCGUUCACGUAUCAGGGUCACGUCACAGGAUAGCCCAAAAUCAGCUCAAGCCAUGAAGCACGGACCGCCACCGCUGAGCGGCACCAAACAGAUGCUGCCCGGUUUCGUCAACUCGUUCACCCAGAGCAAAGGGAAGGAGCCUGCCCCUCAAUUGUUCGGCCGCAGUGAUGGCAGUAGCGCGGAGGACCAGGCGGGAUUCUUCAGUUCACAUCCAUCGCCUCCGAGCAGCCCAACUGAUGGAAAGGGCCUUCCGGCAGGGCCUUUGGACGUUCAUAUGGAUUCGGAUGACAUGGAGUACACCAAUGACGGUGGUGAUGGUCAGGACGCGGUCAUGGGCACCGCUCCGACCCCGACUCCGGCAAUUGGCGCCAGUCAGUCCGAAGGCCCACUGAUAGAAGAGAUCGAACCUCCUGAUUGGGGGUAUGAGCUCCAACGGAUCAUGUUCUCCCAUCGGGCACGAGCGACGGCGACAUUCACUCUUCAAGCACUCAUUGGAGUACAUCUGGGUGAUGAUGCGACCGAUAUCACGAAGGCAAGCCAUCACCAUGCUUGCGCCGCCAUCCUCCGUGUGCUCGGAAGCGUCCCCUCGGAUGAGUUGCUAGACGAUAUGCUGGUUGCUAUCUCGGGCGCCUUAUUGGAUCUGGUCGAAAUUCUUACUGCGGUGCACGCGAGUCGCGCAUUGGCCUCACUGUUCAACCUGUUAACCGUCCUCAUAUGCUCACUGCCUUCAUUCAUUUCUUCCUUACUGAUGAUCGGUGACGGUCUUCCAACCCCACGCGCAUUGACCGUGCUAUGUGAAGCAAUCCGUUUUCACCUUGACCCCUCCAGAAGCUUUGAUGCGUCUCACGAGGAUCUGCUCAACGAGUUAUUCAUCGUCCUGGGCCUCAUAACAUUGUCCACCCCCGACCAUUUGGAAAGCAGUUUGAUGAUAUUUCCCCGUACCCCGGGCGUGCUUGAUCUACUCCUCGACGAUCGCCACCCUGAUUGGGUUCUGCGUCACAACACGCAGCUGCUGGUAAACCUUGCUAGCCGUCCGCGAUUGUUUCGCUACUUGCUAUCAUUCCCCGGGGCCGACGCUGGGGAUGCAGGGACUCCAACGGACUUUAGCCAAUUACCGCAUAUUGAACGCAUGUGUGCUUACCUGACCGACAGCUCCCGACGUGGAGACAUGAUGGCCGCGACACGCUCAUGUGUGCUAGAAUUCCUGGCCUUGCUAUCCGUGGCCCACGAGGAUGCGCGAACCAUACUGUUGCAGUCGCACGCGCUCAUCCCCUCGAUCAUCGUCUUUCUUACGUUACUCGCAUCGAUGAUAUGGGAGGAGCAGGAAGAUAUGAUACUCAACUCGACCGUGGCCCAAUCAACGGCCCGUAUGUUGGUCCAGGCACUCAACUUGCUGCACUAUUUGGUGUUCGCGUCCGACCCCGCGUUUGACCUCCGACAGAAGUUGAUUCAAGCGGCGCAGCUGCGACCGUUCAAUGGUUUGACACAUAUGUUCAUCGUCACCUUGGGACGACUGAGUUAUGCGGACUGCCCGGAUUGGCUCGAAGGGGACGAGUUGGAACAAGGCGCAGAAACCGCUCGGGAAUUGCUUGAUUUGGUGGUCGAAGGUCCCGAACUGGACAGUGUCUGGGCCGCAUUUCAACCGGGUGAUGAAGACGAAAGCUUCAUUGACGACGAAGAGCAGGAGGCACGUAUGUUGGAGGCUAACGAGAUCUGA